UACCGUAUACUUGUGCCCCUGUAACUUACCUUGCUACUGCCAGCAUGGCCUACACUCCUGGAGUCAUCGACGCGCUCUUGGCCGUUGUCGCCGUGCUCGUUAUCAAGACCAUCGCUCAAAAGCGUUCUUCAUCACCUCUACCUCGAGGCCCCAGGGGAUGGCCGAUCAUAGGUAAUGUUCUGGACAUGCCCAAACGCUCAGCUUGGGAGGUGUUCAGCAACUGGGGAGACAAAUAUGGCAACCUGGUCUACGUCAGCGUGCUCGGCCAGCCUGUCAUCAUCAUCAACAGCGUCAAGGCUGCCGUUGAUCUCCUCGAGAAGAAGAGCAGUAGUUACUCGGACCGCCCGCAGUUCCAAAUGGCCCAUCUCACCGGCUGGGACGAGGUCCUCAUCUGCACGGAGUACGGCAACACUUGUCGCCUUCAGCGCAAGCUUCUCCACCGCGUCAUUGGCUCGCGCGUGCACAUGCAGAACUUCCACGGUCUCAUCGAGAACGAGGUUCACGCGUUCACGCAGCGCCUGAUGAAGAACCCUGAGGAUAAGACGGAGCUCAUCAAGCGGUCCACCACUGCGAUCUCCAUGCUGAUGGCAUAUGGCUAUGAAAUCAAGGAAGAGAAUGACCCUGUCGUAAAGCUCGCGGAGCAAUCUGUGGAGGACCUCGGUCAUCUCUUGGAAUCGGGCAAUUUCCUCGUCGAGAUCUUCCCUUGGCUGAAAUACGUUCCGGAAUGGUUCCCUGGUGCAGGUUUCCAGAAGACCGUCAAGGAAUGGAAGACCACGCUCGACACUAUUCAGAGAACGCCGUUCGAAUUCACGAAAGCUCAAGUCGCUGCCGGCACCGCCAUUCCCUCUGUUGUGUCUGAGUACCUCGACAAGGAUGGUGGUUCCUCUGAAGACGAAGUCGCUGUCAUGCGCACGGCUGCUAACAUCUACGGCGCUGGCUCCGAUACCACUACAUCGGCCAUCUCAACCUUCUUCCUUGCGAUGACUCUCUUCCCUGAUAUUCAAAAGCGUGCACAGGCUGAGGUCGACAGCGUUCUUGGUACUGGCCGCCUCCCUACUCUCCGUGACCGCGACAACCUGCCCUACAUUGAUGCUGUCGUGAAGGAAUUGCUCCGCUGGCGGCCGAUCUUCCCUCUCGCCGUCGCACAUCGUCUGUCUGGGCCCAGCGAUGACGUUUACGAUGGGCUCUUGAUCCCCAAGGGCGCAGUCAUCAUCCCAAAUACAUGGCGAUUCAUGCGUGACCCUGAAGUUUACAAGAACCCCCUUGAAUUUAAUCCACUGCGGUUCCUGCCCGAGGAUGGCUCAGAGCCCGAGCUCAGCCCGUACGGAUUCGUGUUCGGGUACGGGCGCCGCAUCUGCCCCGGCGUCCACAUGGCCGACGCCGUGCUCUUCAACAUGUGCUCCAUGGUUCUCUCGCUUUUCAACAUUUCCAAGGCUGUCGACUCUAACGGCGUCCCGAUCGAGCCUUCCACCGAUUACGAAGGCGAGGCGACGCGCCGGCCGAUGGAGUUCCCAUGCAUCAUCAAAGCGAGAUCGAAGACCGCGGAGCAGCUCAUCCUGGGGAGUUAAGCCGGUCUAUACGAGAGGCAUGUUGCAUUCAGGCUUUGGUCGUUGUUUUUCCUUUCCUUCAUUGUUACUUUUUCUCUCUCACUCGCAUUGUCAUCGUUUUCUGUACGCAUCACUCGUUCGUUGUCUUUAAAUUUUCGUAAUUUAGCUCACUCAACCUCGGACUGCGCGUGAAAACAUCAUUGUAUUAUUUGACACACGUCGCGUAGGGCUGUUGACUGAUAGAAUUGACAAGGUCCCUACAUGACAUUCCGUUGAGCGCGGUCAUGUGGCAUCGUCGGAGGUUCUGGUUAUGAUCCUCCCAAUUU